AUGUCCCAAGGACCAUACCAACAGCUCCCCGGAGCCAAGGACGACCAUGAUGACUCGGCCUCAGAUAUAACAAUACCCUUCCUGGACAGCGAGGACCCUAUGGGUUGGAAGGAGGGGUAUGAGAGAGCGAUGCCAGGCCGGAGGAGCAGAGUUCUCUCGGUGCUAGAGAAGCUAAAACCCUUAAGAUGGAUUCUCGAAGCCGGCCUCGUUGUUGCGGUAAUAAUCCUCCUCGUCCAGAGGCAGGAUCACGCCAGCUCAGUCAACGCGGAUACCCAAGAGCUAGGCGGGGAUAUCUCGGGUAUAGCACCUCGAUUCUCCCAGAAGCUUGUCACAUUCGAAUACAACGACGACUACAUCCCGACAAAGACACACAAGUUCUUCCGCGCCAAGACGCACAGGAAGUGGCUAGAACUUGUCCCCAAGGGUCUUGGUUUUCUCGAGAUCCAGAAUCCAGACAAUUUUGACAACCUACCCGUUCCUCUCAAUGACUUUGGCAACAAGACCGUCUUUACAACCUCCAUGACGCAUCAACUUCACUGCCUUCAUUCCAUCUACCUACGCCAGAGCAUCAUGUGCUGCGGCGACGUAGCCCUCGAGGGCGCCGAAACUACCUUCCCCGAAGGUGAGCGUGGUGGGAGCGACGGUUGGGGCGCGCAACACGUGUGCAAGAACUACGACGAGAUCUACAAGUACCUCGAAGCGGGCAGGGCCACGGACGAAAACUGGAUCUGA